CUCACGCUCCUCCCGCCGUGCGUCAGUGCGUGAGUCCGGCCCCCGCGAGCUCCGGAGCGGCCCGUGAGUUCACACCCGGCUUCUCUUCAGCCUUGGACUGCGCGCCGCCAUCGCCGUCAUGCUGGGCGCCGCUCUCCGCCGUUGCGCUGUAGCCACAGCCGCAGCCGCCCGUGCUAGCCCUCGAGGCCUCCUGUACUCAACCCCGGUCCCCGGCCCCGCCGCCGCCGUCCAGUCACUUCGCUGCUACUCCCAUGGGUCACAUGAGACAGAUGAGGAGUUUGAUGCUCGCUGGGUGACAUACUUCAACAAGCCAGAUAUUGAUGCCUGGGAAUUGCGUAAAGGGAUGAACACGCUCGUUGGUUAUGAUCUGGUUCCAGAACCCAAAAUCAUUGAUGCUGCUUUACGGGCAUGCAGACGGUUAAAUGAUUUUGCUAGUGCAGUUCGCAUCCUAGAGGUUGUUAAGGACAAAGCAGGACCUCAUAAGGAAAUCUACCCCUAUGUCAUCCAAGAACUUAGACCAACUUUAAAUGAACUGGGAAUCUCCACUCCAGAGGAACUGGGCCUUGACAAAGUAUAAACCCCAUGGAUGGGCUUCUCAAGGAUUUAUUCGUAAUGCUACUUGAUUGUAAACAAUCACCUGGAAAUACUGAUGAUAACAUAUUACCUUAUUUGAACAAGUUUUCCUUUAUUGAGUACCAAACCAUGUAAUGGUAACUUGGACUUGAAUAAAAGGGAAAUGAGUUUGAACUGAAAUUAGGUAUUGUUCCAUGUGUUUGCUUUGAAAAGCAGAAAAUGAGCCCUCAUAAAGCCACUGAUUUCAUGGUUUUGUUGCCACCAUGUGCUGAGAAAACUGCCUUAAUUCUCUGGAAACCAUCUCACAUGAAAUAAAUUUAAAAGUGGUUAU